AUGGCGAAGGAACCGUGCACGGACUUUAAGCUGGAAUCGCUGGAAAGUUUCGAACCACUGGUCAAUCCGAUCCGACAGUAUCGGAACCGUUCCAAGCGUACGCUCAAGACAGGCGAGGAGAAAUUAGCGGAAGUGCUCGCGAAGAUUGCAUCGCUACAGAAAAGCACCGAAAAAACGGAUGGAAUCGAUCGUACGAAGGUGCGCACGUACAAUGUGAAGCUGCGGCUGCGGAAGAGUCUCCUGUACAGGUGCUUCGACUGUGGCAGUUGCUUUGCUAAUCCGGAUUUUCUCGAGUUGCACGAAAAAUCACACACCGAGCAGGGGAAGUGUGAUAUCGAUCUGCGCCAGGAGCCGGAACCCGAGGCGGAAAUGAAUCUCAAGCAGAAUGCUUGGUUUGUGGGUGAUUUCGGUGAGGAGGAGGAGGAUGUUGGCGAUGGGGAGCAUAUCGUGCAGCUUGACUGUACGGUUGAGGAAGGGGAGGACAUUUUCGACAUCACAUUCGAUCGUACCAAGUGCGAGAAAACGUACACGAUGAAGUAUAAGGUGAAGAAGGAACCGGUCGGAAAGUGUGAGCACUGUUCGAAGCAGUUCUAUUCGGCGGAAUGUUUGAAGCUGCAUCAGCUGGAGCAUGAAAAAUUUCUCGACAUUGCAAACAUUGAGCCGAGCAUUAACAUUAUCCGAUCGCCCCGCAUUGAGGAGAGUACCAUGACACUGGACGAUAGUUUUUAUGAGGCGUUGGAUGUGAGUGAUAUCCUUGAGCAUAGUAGCGGUACGAUCGAUUGUUCGGGUGAUGGACGACUUGCAACCGGGACUGGCAUAAUGCUCGAGUAUCAAAUCAUCCCUAGGCGAUCGGUUAGUGGCGAGAAGGAGAUAUUGCAGGUAAGGGAACAAUCGACGAGACAGGUGGAAAGGAGCGAAGGUACACGAAUAGUCAAUCAACGUGAGUGCCAACGGGAGGAGAUGGUAAAGAUAGUAAAGCAGGAGAGAGAUGUGAUAAUUAAGGAGGAGCCUAUCGAUGACGAGGAUGAACAGCAACAGUCAUCACCGACGAUGGUACAGCAGGACAUAAAGGCAGAAGUCAAGGUAGAGGAAGCGGAUGUCGAUGAAGCGUUUCAAACUGCAUGGCAGCAAACGGGACAAAAGUAUGUAUGUUCUUGUUGCUCGAAACGUUUUCGCUUUCGGGUAGAAUUGAUCGCCCAUGAACGGAACCAUCUUGGUAUUAGUGCGUCGUACCGGAAUCCUUUUUAUCCGUAA